AUGUCUCUCACAUUGUCUGCUCUCCGUUCCAAGCCCAUCCCUGUCCAGCAGGCGGAUUUCCUAAGGGUAUCCGCUCUUUGGAUGGUUCCCGCCCUUCUCGCAGAUGCGAUAGAAGAGUACAUCGAGUCCAUCUACCGAAACUACGUCCGACGCUUCCCCAGGUAUUGGCCUCCCCAAACGUCGCGCAGACGUCGCAGGCGUGCAAAGACUAAGCUCUGGCUGAAAAUACGCAGCGAAAUGCAAUAUUAUUACACCAUCACCUGUCCCAACAGCCCUCAACCUUCCCCUCCGAUGACCUGGGACCAGUACGUGGCCCUUGACACCCGCUUGGCAUCCACUCAAUGGGAUGAGGUUGCGGAACCGUUGCUGGAGGCCCUCAACAACAUCCCCGACAACGAGCGCCUGGCGUACAUCCCCGCAAUCGAGCGCCCCGAAAUGGACUGGGAGGACUUCGAUUACAAUGGGGCUGUCAGGGCGAACAUUGAGCAAAGCCUUCGAGCUCGGGGUAUUACUCGCCGAUCUGUGCGCAACCGCCACAGAAACCCAGCCGACCCCCCUCCCCCCGAUCGAUCCGACGAUGACGACGUCCCUCGAUACAUCGCAUUGGCCUCGCGCAAUAGCGAUGACGACGACAAUUGGUCUGACACUCCCGGGCCCAACGAUGGCUGGGAAGUUUUGGUUUUGGACGAUCUGUGGGACCUUGGCGGUGGAACGUAUGACGAUGCCCGGGGUAUUAUUCUUCUCUACAACGACCCUUAG